AUGUGUGGCGGCGCAGAGGGAUCUUCUAGUUUUCAACCCAUCAGCGCCGCAACUUCGUUCCGUAAACGACCGCCUAGAAACGAAAAUUCAUUUUUCUGCAGGUACCGUUUGUCGUUUUUGCGUAACGCGUAUAUUAUACGUUACAAGCGUUGAAUGAUUUUCAUACUCGGUAAAAACUUUAUCGCUAUAACAUUCAAGGAAAAUCUAUCCGGAUAAAUGUCCGAUAAAAAGAUUUAGACCUAUGAAAAUAGAAACUAUGGGUUACGUGAUACACGAUUCCCUGGUGGUGCAAACAAUUGAACUCGCAUCGUCACAUUCCAAAUGUGAAUUCGCACCACCGCUGAUUUACGCCGCCGAUUUCGACGACGGCGUGACGUCUCGUCCGUCCGACUCGUUUCGCGAUAUUCCGGCCCGGUCCGCGGGGCGAUUUUCGGUAUCGCGUAAUUCACAACUGUCACGAAUUGUCGUCGUGCGCACGGCACUGCACAGCGACUAUCGAAUUACAUCGCGAAAGCCGCUGUCAAACUUGCCCGCGCGUCGAUGUAUACUAUCGCAAGAGCUAUAG